GCCCCACCCCUGCAGAGCUCGGUGCUGGGACGGAACCCGGGUUUCUCUCAAACCCGGAAUGUGAGGCCUGGGCUUGGCUCUCCCUCUACCCGUGCGCCGCUGUUUUCCCGGGCCUGGGUGCGCCGCUGCUGCCCUACAGCUCGCCCCGAAGGAGCCAGGGUGGCCGUGCGCUUCUGCCGUGUGCCCGCGUGGCUGCCGCCGCCCGUCCGAAUCCUCCGGGGCCGCAGAGGAGUUCGCUACGGAGGGAGGCGGGGGCCUUCGGGAGGAGGAGGCGGAGGAGGCGGAGGAGGAGGGAAGGAAGAUGGCGGCCGUGGAACUAGAGUGGAUCCCAGAGACUCUGUAUAACACCGCCAUCUCCGCUGUCGUGGACAACUACAUCCGUUCCCGCCGAGACAUCCGCUCCUUGCCCGAGAACAUCCAAUUCGAUGUUUACUACAAGCUUUACCAACAGGGACGCUUAUGUCAACUGGGCAGUGAAUUUUGUGAAUUGGAAGUUUUUGCUAAAGUAUUGAGAGCUUUGGAUAAAAGACAUUUGCUUCAUCAUUGUUUCCAGGCUUUGAUGGAUCAUGGUGUGAAAGUUGCUUCAGUCUUGGCCUACUCAUUCAGUAGGCGGUGCUCUUACAUAGCAGAAUCUGAUGCUGCAGUAAAAGAAAAAGCCAUUCAGGUUGGCUUUGUUUUAGGUGGCUUUCUUUCAGAUGCAGGAUGGUACAGUGAUGCUGAGAAAGUUUUUCUGUCCUGCCUUCAGUUGUGUACUCUACAUGAUGAGAUGCUUCAUUGGUUUCGUGCAGUAGAAUGUUGUGUGAGGUUGCUUCAUGUGCGAAAUGGAAACUGCAAAUAUCACUUGGGUGAAGAGACGUUUAAGUUAGCUCAGACAUACAUGGAUAAACUCUCAAAACAUGGCCAGCAAGCAAACAAAGCUGCACUGUAUGGAGAACUGUGUGCACUACUAUUUGCAAAAAGUCACUAUGAUGAGGCUUACAAAUGGUGCAUUGAGGCAAUGAAAGAAAUCACAGUGGGCUUACCAGUCAAAGUUGUGGUGGAUGUUUUAAGACAAGCUUCUAAGGCUUGUGUUGUAAAACGUGAAUUUAAGAAGGCAGAACAGCUAAUUAAACAUGCAGUGUAUUUGGCACGGGAUCAUUUUGGAUCCAAACACCCAAAAUACUCUGAUACACUGCUAGAUUAUGGGUUCUACUUACUCAAUGUAGAUAAUAUCUGUCAGUCUGUUGCAAUUUAUCAGGCAGCCCUUGACAUUCGGCAGUCCGUGUUUGGUGGCAAAAAUAUCCAUGUAGCAACAGCUCAUGAAGACUUGGCUUAUUCUUCUUAUGUUCACCAGUAUAGCUCUGGGAAAUUUGACAAUGCACUAUUUCAUGCAGAAAGAGCUAUUGGUAUCAUUACCCACAUUCUACCUGAAGAUCAUCUUCUUUUGGCUUCUUCAAAGAGGGUGAAAGCUCUUAUUUUAGAGGAGAUUGCAAUUGACUGUCAUAAUAAAGAAACUGAACAGAGGCUGCUUCAAGAAGCUCAUGAUUUGCACCUGUCUUCACUCCAACUAGCUAAAAAAGCUUUUGGGGAAUUUAAUGUACAGACUGCAAAACACUAUGGAAACCUUGGAAGACUUUACCAGUCAAUGAGAAAAUUUAAGGAAGCUGAAGAAAUGCACAUCAAAGCAAUUCAGAUUAAAGAGCAACUUCUUGGUCAAGAAGAUUAUGAAGUAGCCCUUUCCGUGGGACAUCUGGCUUCUUUAUACAAUUAUGACAUGAAUCAGUAUGAAAAUGCUGAGAAACUUUAUUUGCGCUCUAUAGCGAUUGGGAAGAAACUGUUUGGUGAAGGCUACAGUGGACUAGAAUAUGACUACCGAGGUCUCAUUAAACUUUACAACUCCAUUGGGAAUUAUGAGAAAGUGUUUGAAUAUCACAACGUUCUGUCUAACUGGAACCGGUUGCGAGAUCGUCAGUAUUCGGUGACCGAUGCUCUUGAAGACGUCAACACCAGCCCCCAGUCCACUGAAGAAGUGGUACAGUCCUUCUUGAUUUCUCAGAAUGUGGAGGGACCGAGCUGCUGAGGGAGUACCUCAGUUAACUAAUUUACCUUUUCCCAGAUUCCAGGGAAUUCAUACUGUGAAAUCAAAACCAUGUUGUUUUUUGGGGCUGGAAUUUGCAUUGAAACACUGGUCCAGUCCAUUGACCCUAUUUGGGUGAUCCCUAUCUUGCAGAGUGUCCGUAGGAAUAAGCAUAUAUUCAGUUAUAUUCAGCAUGUACCGCAUGUAUAAGUAGUCUGGCCCAUAUUUUCAACCUAGUAGAACAAACAACAGGAAAUCUUUUUGUUGUUGUUUUUUUUUUUUUUUUUUCAUUUAAAAAAAUAAUUCAUUUUGCAGAAAGCCUGAAAAGAACCCCUAAAUAAAACUAUUUAAGAGUUUAAAAGAGUUGCAUUCUUAUUACGUAAGGAUGAUUUUAACAACUUUUUAACAUAUAAUUCUUCCUUGUGGAGGUAUUCAAUACUGUAUUGUAAAGAAAUUUUAUGGGGAAAAUCUUUAUAUGCAGUAUGGAAAAGUUAACACAGUGCUGAUAGAAGAGGGACAUCCUGACUUAGGUUUGGCCACCUUACCCACGGAAGUGGAUACAACCACUCCAGAGCUCUCUUACGGGAAGGACUGUCAGAUUCAUCUGAACUGGACCAGUGUUGAUCUGUAAAUCAUAGAAAAGCUAACAGACCAGCACUUUUACUAACCCUUUGGUUGUGUUGGGGUUUUUUGGUACAACAAUGCAAGAUGCUCUGAUAGCAUUUGCUGACAGGACCAGGAGGACCUAAAAUGGACCAGCCUAAUCUAGAAAGGGGUUAUUUGGACCAGAGGCUUUAGGUUAUUAUUUUAGCCCCUGCAUAUACUUUUAUCAGUAGAAUGUUUCAUUUAGAUAUAUGAUGAAAAGUAAUAAUGCAAAACUUAUAUUCAUGUAAUUAGACACCAAACUUGAGAAAUUUGGCAAUUUCAGUGGCAUAUCUUUAGUCAGUGUGCACAGAUGGCAGUGCCAUAAGCAAGUCUAUAAAUAUCUGCCGCAACCAACCCCCUCAUUUUAAAUGUUACCCUAAUAAUCAGUGCAAUUAACAAGUAUAUUGGCUAAGAGUCAUGAAAUAAUAGCUCAUGUUUGGGAGGGACUUUUAGGUUACUAUGUGGUUUGUGGGGAUUCAUGGAAAAAUGAAUGCCCAAAAGAAGCAAUUCUUCUGAGAUCCUUUGUUUUUAUGGUAAUAAUAGUACAACUGGGUCGUUUUAUUUGAACUUCAAGAGUCAAAUACAAAGAUCCCCUAAUUAUAUAUCUAUUUCACUAACUUGUCUUCCUUUUACUGGGUUUUGAUUUUUUAAAUUUUAACCCAGUCGGGUUAUUUAAUGUUGAGGUAAUUAAUAUUCAAAUUUGGGAAGUUGUAACAUGUAGCAAUUCAAGAAACAAAAGGUCUUUUGCUGUUACCUCAGUUCUUAUUAUAGUGGCCUAUUGGGUGCCUCUAUAGUUAAGAAUCAGGGUUUUCCCCCCUAUUUUCAGGGGUUCAUGACUUGGCUGUUAGAGAUGUUGCUCUUGGCUAAUGCUUGGAGUAGUCUGUGGGUGAGUGAAUGUGUGUUGAAUUUUGGUUUUCUUUUAACAUGCACGUUGGGGUUGGAGGGAGGAAGAAAUCUAAACUGUCUGCCACAUUGAGUACAGAAAAAUUAAUUAGAGAUUUCAGAUCAAUUUGAUUUUAAACACUUCUGAACUUCGCAAAUCUAAUCUUGUUUAAAACUAUUAUUUGCAGUCUUGUUAGUUAUGAGCCAGUGUUUUUAACACCCCAGGAGGGAAUUGACUGGGGGAGGUACGUAAAGAGAUGAAACAAGCCUGGACCCUAGGAUUAUAACUAUGAUUUCAAAACCUGAGUUUAUUCCUCAAAUUGAAUUAGUUUCUUUUUAAUUUUAAAAGGAGUACAUUGGCACACCUGCAUCUCCCCUCCCAGCUCAUUGCAGUCUAAUGCCAAGAGGCACCUCUUUGUUAAUUACCAAAUAGUCUGUGACCAAGGACUAACAUUUUUUAAGUUACUCAGCUCUAUCCUCGUGGGCCUAUAUAUUUAAUACCUCCAAAGAUAUUUUCAGGAUAGGCUUUGUAUACUUUUGUUGGUUAUUUAGAGUCCUGUGGUAUGUUUGUGGUAUAGGAAUGUCAUGGUAAAUUGUUUUUCAAUAAAUAUUUUGAAACUCA